AUAUCUAAUAUAUACUGGAUCAGCCAACAUGGCUGGGCUGUUGUUGUUUACGCUGUUGACAGUGACUCUAGCGGCAGGUGCCCGCUACGACCCCACAUGGGAGUCACUGGACCAGAGGCCCCUCCCUGCCUGGUACGACGAGGCGAAGUUUGGCAUCUUCCUUCACUGGGGGGUGUUCUCUGUUCCAAGCUUCGCUGGAGCUUGGUUCCAGGAGUACUGGCGACAAAACAGAGCGGACGUUGUGGAGUUUAUGAAGAAAAACUACAGACCCGAUUUUACCUAUGCUGAUUUUGCAGCUCAAUUCACAGCUGAAUUCUACAACCCCGACGAAUGGGCGGAGAUAUUCAACGCCUCUGGAGCAAGAUAUGUUGUGCUGACAACAAAGCACCAUGAAGGAUUCUGCAACUGGCCAACCAAACACUCCUUCAACUGGAAUGCCAUGGAUGUUGGCCCUCACAGGGACUUAGUGGGUGACCUGGCCAAAUCCAUUCGGAAGAAGACGACCAUCAAGUUUGGUCUUUACCACUCACUGUUCGAGUUUGUCAAUCCCAUCUUUCUUCAAGAUAAGAAGAACGGUUUCAAAACACAAGACUUUGUUAAGUACAAGACAAUGCCCGAGUUAUAUGAGCUAGUGAACCUGUACAAGCCGGACAUUGUUUGGUCUGACGGGGAUUUGGGUGCGUCAUAUACCUACUGGAACUCUACAGAGUUCCUCGCCUGGCUGUAUAACGACAGCCCAGUAAAGGACACCGUGGUGACGAACGACCGCUGGGGAAAAGGCACGGCAUGCAAACAUGGCGGGUUCUACACUUGCACUGACAGGUACAACCCAGGAGUGGCACAGAAGCAUAAGUUUGAAGAUGCUACCACUAUCCACAAGACGCACUGGGGAUUCAUCAGGAACGCCAAGCUGAGUGACUUCCACACCAUUGAGGAACUCCUUACUGAGCUCGUCACAGUUGUCAGUUGUGGUGGAAACUUUCUGCUGAAUGCUGGGCCCACCCGUGACGGAAUUAUCAGUCCAAUAUUUGAAGAGAGGUUCCGUCAGAUUGGACAAUGGCUGAAGGUUAAUGGAGACGCUAUCUAUAAGACCCGACCCUGGACUUCCCAGAAUGACACAGCGACCCCUGGUGUCUGGUACACAUCCAAGAAGUCUGCCACCGGUAUUUCCGUGUACGCCAUCGCUCUCAGCUGGCCAAAGGGAGGUAAACUGGAGCUAGCUGUCCCACAAGCGGGUACUGCCACCACAGUGACGUUGCUAGGAUACCCAGGACACUUUGAUUUCCAAGCUGGCGCCACAUCAGGAAUGACAAUCACAGUUCCAGCAAUUCCAGCCGAUCGUAUGCCUUGUCAGUGGGCCUGGGUCUUCAGACUUGAUAAUCUCAAAAACCAGUAAAGUUUUAGAAAGUACAGUUUUGUACUCUUCUUCAACCAGCGUACUUUUAUGUCAAGGUCAUUUCCUUUGUUCUAUAUUUGCCUUAUGCUUUCCCAGGCCUUAGGGAUGCUUUCCCAUGUCUCACCCCAUAUACAACGUUGCCGCAGUUUUGGCCACGCUGAAAAUGUACGAAGCCCGAUGUGAUAUUGCAGGAAUAUUGCUAAAAGCUGCAUAAAACAAUACCCGCUCAUUUCGUGUUGCCUUUUCACUGCAUGGGUCGCUCGGCUACCCAAUUGUCAUCAUUAUUACAUAUCUCGAUAUAUUUGAAUAAUAUUUAAUAAUUUAAAAAACACAUAAUACAACCCCUUACAUCCUUCACUCAUUUGAUUAACACUUGCUCAUCCCUUUUGCCUGUUGUCAAUGGUUUUGUACUCCUGUUUUAGAAUUAAACUGCUCUUGAAACAUU